CUAGGUGACAUCGCAUAACAACCCUUCCGCGUCACAUAAAGGCCCAAACGUCUAUAGGCGGCACUUGUCGCUCAGGUGAUGGGGUAGAAAUCGUAAUGUAAAGGGCGCGUUGUGUCUUUGCCCUCAUCCCUGCCAGCUUCAGUGCGUAGCGUCACUUCCGGUGUGUCGCAGAGAAGGGAACUGAUAAAUGUAUACUGCAAAUAGCUGUGUUGAGACAAUAGACCACCCAAUGGGACAGUGAGAGGAGUGAAGAUCGUCUAAAGCAACACAAGACAACAUGGCGGAUGAGACAUUGUUUGAGCUCCUACACAUGGAGAUUGUGCUUCACGUUUAUAAGAGCAUGGGGCAGGAUGACGAUGAGGAUCAAGGCAAACAUAUUCAUGUCCUGGAGAAUAUGGGAUUCCGUGUUGGUCAAGGACUCAUUGAGAGGUUAACAAAGGACAGCCCCUCAUUUAAAGAUGAACUUGAAGUUGUGAAGUUUUUAUGUAAAGAUCUGUGGACAACCCUCUUCAAGAAACAGAUUGAUAACCUGAGAACAAACCACCAGGGAACUUUUGUCCUACAAGAUAAUCGGUUUCUGCUGUUGACUCAGAUUUCUAACAGUAAACAAUACUUAGAGGAGGCGCCAAAGUUCCUCGCCUACACCUGCGGCCUUAUAAAAGGUGCCCUGUCUAAUUUGGGGAUCAGUAGUUUGGUCUCAGCAGAAGUUCCCAUAAUGCCUUCCUGUAAAUUCCAAGUUGUCAUUUCCAGAUCGUAGCAAUGUGUAGAACAGUAUUUGGCUGUUUUUCACCAUGGAGGGGAAGACCUUUUUAUAUACAUUUUCUAGCAGUUAGACCGGAGAUAUUUACUAUGCAAAAGAACUAUUCUGGAAUGGACAGAAAUCAAAUGACCUGAUAUUGGGAUGGUUUAUAACCAAACAUUUUAUAUGAUGGAUAAUUUAUAGUGACUUUGGUUUAAAGCCAAAAGUGUGUGUGGUCUUUAAAAAUGACGUUACAGUUGUGAUUUAGCCUAAAGCGGUGUAAUAUCCCUCCCACGUCAUAAAAUGCUCAUUUAUUGCACUUCUUUCUCCGAGAGUCUUAGGGCUAGAUUUAUCAAGCCCCUACGGCAGCAAGUUCUCACAAGAACUUGCUCGCCGUGAUUUUUCAAGCAGCGGUCACCAGACCGCUGCUUCCCUAAACUCUUCGCCACCUCUAAGGUGGCGAAUUCAAUCUCCUCUGUCGAGUCCGACCGAGGAGAUUGACAGCUCCUGCCCGCACGUGAUUGGCUGUGCGCGGGCAGGGGCGGGAUUGCACGCGAGCGCAAAAUUGCGCUCGUGUGCAAUGUUAAUUACGUACGGGUAAUUUCGCCCCGCCACAGGCGAGCUGAGGUGUACAGGGGAGCGUAUACGUGCCCCUGUACGCCUCAGCUAUGAUAAAUCUAGCCCUAAGUCUGGAAACCGGUCAUAAUGUCAGUUUUCUACUUCCAUGUGAAAUCUAUUUUAAAGAAACCAUUAUAAACUAUUAAUUUAUUACAACCAGCCUGUUUCUCCAUCUCCCUCUUGUCUACCCCAUGCAUCUCAUUUACUUGUUUAAUAUAAAUAUAAUACACUCCCGUAUAUAAUGCAAAAACGUAGUAAAAGCAUUUUCUAAGAGCCAUAUAAUAAGAUGUGAAUUAUACGCUGUAUGUUGAUUAAACUGUGAAUAAUUAUCGGGUACGAAAUGAAAAUAUACUGCUUUGUGAUGUCGUCUUGUCCUUUUGUAUUUGCUAAUAAAUCAUUUAAAGUGAAUUAUGCAUUUUCUUGCACUUUAGCACAACACGUCUGCAUUUAGCAUAAGUAAAGGGACUUUGUCAAUAGCUUUGUUUAAUCACUCUCUGAAUAUCCUGUGCUGGGGUAGAGAUUUUGUGUGGCAAAUUCUACAGAUACUGGUCCAGAGAGCCAUAUUAGAGUAUGCAGCACUAGAAAAUGUGUAUUUGUACACUUGUAGCCACCCAUAUAUACACACCUAGCCAGCCGUAUAUACCCACAUGUAUACACACCUAGCCAGCAGUAUAUAACCGCAUGUGUACACACCUAGCCAGCCGUAUAUACCCACAUGUAUACACACCUAGCCAGCAGUAUAUAACCGCAUGUGUACACACCCAUAGCUACAUUUGUACACUUGUAGCCACCCAUAUAUACACACCCAUAGCUACAUUUGUACACUUGUAGCCACCCAUAUAUACACACCCAUAGCUACAUUUGUACACUUGUAGCCACCCAUAUAUACACACCCAUAGCUACACACCCAUAGCUACAUUUGUACACUUGUAGCCACCCAUAUAUACAUACCCAUAGCUACAUUUGUACACUUGUAGCCACCCAUAUAUACACACCCAUAGCUACAUUUGUACACUUGUAGCCACCCAUAUAUACACACCCAUAUCUACAUUUGUACACUUGUAGCCACCCAUAUAUACACACCCAUAGCUACAUUUGUACACUUGUAGCCACAUACGUACACACCCAGGCAGCAGUAUAUAACCGCAUGUGUACACAUCUAGCCAGCAGUAUAUAGCCGCAUGUGUACACAUCUAGCCAGCAGUAUAUAGCCGCAUGUGUACACACCUAGCCAGCAGUAUAUAGCCGCAUGUGUACACACCUAGCCAGCAGUAUAUAGCCGCAUGUGUACACACCUAGCCAGCAGUAUAUAGCCGCAUGUGUACACACCUAGCCAGCAGUAUAUAGCCGCAUGUGUACACACCUAGCCAGCAGUAUAUAGCCGCAUGUGUACACACCUAGCCAGCAGUAUAUAGCCGCAUGUGUACACACCUAGCCAGCAGUAUAUAGCCGCAUGUGUACACACCUAGCCAGCAGUAUAUAGCCGCAUGUGUACACACCUAGCCAGCAGUAUAUAGCCGCAUGUGUACACACCUAGCCAGCAGUAUAUAGCCGCAUGUGUACACAUCUAGCCAGCAGUAUAUAGCCGCAUGUGUACACACCUAGCCAGCAGUAUAUAGCCGCAUGUGUACACACCUAGCCAGCAGUAUAUAACCGCAUGUGUACAUUACCUACGGGUAAUUUCGCCCCGCCACAGGCGAGCUGAGGUGUACAGGGGAGCGUAUACGUGCCCCUGUACGCCUCAGCUAUGAUAAAUCUAGCCCUAAGUCUGGAAACCGGUCAUAAUGUCAGUUUUCUACUUCCAUGUGAAAUCUAUUUUAAAGAAACCAUUAUAAACUAUUAAUUUAUUGCAACCAGCCUGUUUCUCCAUCUCCCUCUUGUCUACCCCAUGCAUCUCAUUUACUUGUUUAAUAUAAAUAUAAUACACUCCCGUAUAUAAUGCAAAAACGCAGUAAAAGCAUUUUCUAAGAGCCAUAUAAUAAGAUGUGAAUUAUACGUUGUAUGUUGAUUAAACUGUGAAUAAUUAUCGGGUACGAAAUGAAAAUAUACUGCUUUGUGAUGUCGUCUUGUCCUUUUGUAUUUGCUAAUAAAUCAUUUAAAGUGAA